AUGUCACGGAGUGAGCUGAGUGCGGUGGUGAGAUCUCUCAAAGAACAGGUGGCCGGGAUGGACGCUCUGGUGGGGGAGGUGCGUGCGCUGAGAGAGAAAGCGGAGAGAGCGGAGAAGGCGGAGGCGGAAGGGCACGGGGCGGGGAAGACCAAGGAGCAGGAGCUGCAGAGACAGAGACAGGAGCAGGAGCAGCGGGAGCAGUGGGAGCAGGAGCGGAAGCGGCAGGAGGAGGAGAUGCGGGUGUUGAAAGAGGUGGUGGGGGAGUUGCAGAGGGACGUGCAGGGGGUGCGGGAGCAGGGCGAGCAGCGCAACUCCUCGCUCAUGCUGCUGCUCGAGGCGGAGGAGGUGGGUCUGGCUAAGUAUUCCAAGGCGGCAGCCAAGGCGGCGUCAGCAGCGGCGUCGCUGGACGAGGCGCGCUCGCACAUCGCAGACCUGGAGGACCGGGCCCUACAGGCGCAGGUGGAGAUGCUGGAGGCCCUGCAGGCGCAGGUGGAGAUGCUGGAGGUGGUGCAAGGGGAGGCGGAGCAGAGGCAGCAGCAGCGCAUGCAGCAGGUGCAGGGGGACCAGCAGCAGCGCUGGCAGCAGCAGCUGCAGCAGCAGGGCGAGGUGCUGCGCGCGUUUGUGGAGAGGCGCUGCAACGAGGCCGUGGUGGCUGCAGGCGACACUGCAGCGAGGCACUCGGGCACGGCAAUGCUGGUAGAAGCACAGCAGGAGAUGCAGGCAGCACUGCAGCUGCUCUCAGGGCGCAUGGAGGGGGUAGAAGAGGAGAGGGCGCGGGAGAGGGAGCGGGAUGGCGAGAGGGAACAGGAGAGGGAGCGGGAGAAGGAGAAGGUGAGGGAGAAUGAGCGGCGGAAGGAGGAGGAGAGGCAUCAGCAGUUGGCAAUCCUGGCUGCAGACCUCAAGGUAUGGCUUUUGAGACGUCUCAAAGUUCGGCUGGCAACUCUGGCUGCAGACCUCAAGCCGUUCCUGCUCAUCGUCUUUGCUCCCUGCUCUGUCCCCCGUUCUCUCCUCCAUACGCCUGCUCUUAUAUCCCACCAUCAGAGCCUGCAGCCGGUGCAGGAGCAGCUGAAGAGCUGCCUCGCAUCCCAGCAGCACGUGGCUUUGCUCGCAGCAACUGCAGCAGCGUCUGCAGAGAAGGCAAUGGCAGUGGAGCGAGCAGCAGCGUCCGUGGCGGUAGAAUCUGCAGUGGAGACGGCACACCUGGCGCAGGCAGAGGCGGAGGCUGCUGCUGGUGCCGUGGGGGACCUGAGGGAGAGGAUGCGGGAGGUGGAGCGGUGGAGAGGGGAGAUGGAGGGGUGGAGUGGGGCGUUGGAGGGGUGGAGAGUGGAAGUGGAGGGGUGGAGAGCUGGGGUGGAGGGGAGAAGCGUUGAGCAAGAGAGAAAGGAGAGGGGUGAUGAGGAGUGGAAGGAGGCAGUGGAGGGGUGGAGGAGGGAUAUGCGGGAGAGGGUGGAGGGGGUGGACGGGAGGGUGCAAGAGGUGAGAGGGAGGGUGCAAGCACUGGAAGGGAAAGUAGAGGGCGUGGAAAGGAGCUUCGAAGGAGUGAAAGGGAGAGUACAAGCGGUGGAAGGGAGUCUAGAAGGGUUUGAAGGGAGGAUGAAGGAGGAAUGCGUUGCAGCAGUGGCAGCUGCAAUGGGAGGAGGAACUGGGAGGGGUUUAGCAGGGGAAGAAGAAGGGGAGAAAGGGGAGAAGGCGAGGCUGCUGGAGCAGAGGGUUCUAGAGCAAGUGGAGGAGAUUCGACGAGAGGUGGGGGAUCUGGAAGGCGGUCUGGUUAAGGUGCAGGUGAAGCUGGGACAGGUGGUUGAGAGGACUCCGGAGGUGGGGAGACUGGAGGGAGCAAUAGAGCAGCUGGAGCAGGAGGUGAAGGACAUGCGGGAGAGGAUGAUGGGUGGGGGGAUGGGCGAGGGAGGAGGGGCGGGAACAGGAGGAGCAGGAGCAGGGGCAGGAACAGGGGCAGGGGCUGGGGCUGGGGCAGGGGAAGAGAUGGUAAAGAGGCUACGGCAGGUGGAGGUGGAAUUGAGUGCAGCGAGGGAGGCAGUGCAGGAGGUGUCAGUGCGAGUAACAGAGCUGGAAGCGAGCUCCAUCACAGAAGAAGCAUCUGCUGCUGUGCAAGGCGCUGCUGUGGCGUCGAUUGAAGCCCAGGUGGCCUCGCUGGAAGAAGAGAUGGGGCUGGUGCGAGAACUGCUGGGGGUGAUGCAGGAGGGGAUGGGGUCGGUGCGGGAGCGGGUUGAGGGGAUGGAGGUGCAGGUGCUGGGGUUGGAAGGGCGGCUGGUGAUGGUUGAAUCACGGAUGGGAGAGGGUGCAAUGGGGGGGGAUGAUGUUGAGAGGGAGAGUGAGGGGACGAGAGAGGUUAAGGAGGAGUUAGUCUGGGUAAGGAAGGAGCUGGCAAGGCUUGACACGGGAGUGAGGGGACUGGAGCAGUCGUUGAAACAGGCUGAGGAGGUUCGGCAGGAGUCGCAGGUUCAGGAGGCGCAGGCUCGGGUAGCACUGGCUGCGGAGCUCCAGGAAGACCUGCAGCUGGCCAGGCAGAAAGGUUUGGAAGAGGCUCGGCAGGUGGCACGAGAGGAGGUUCAGAAGGUGGGGAUAGGAAGCAGAAGCGAAGGGCUUUCAUGCGCAAACGAAGCUCCUGCGAAUGCUGAUGAUAAUGCUGAAGGAGGGGAGGAACAAGGCAGUGGUGGUGCUUCUGCCUCUGCAUCUGCUUCUUCUUCAGCUGCAACGGUUGGAUUGUGGGAGGUAGUAUCGAGCGUGCAGGUGGAGGUGAAAGAGCUAAGGACGAGGGGCUUUGCGUUAAGGGAUAGUGUGGAGGAGGUGAAGAAAGACAUGCGAAGAGAAGGUAGGACGUUCAAGGAUGCUCUGGCCCACCUUGAGACGGACCUCAAGGUGGUUCGGCGCAGCGCGGAAGAGGCUCGGGACGAGGCUGUCCGGCAGGCUCGGGAGAGUGCGGAGCGGGCAGUUGAGAGGGCGGAAAGUGCUGUGGCGAGUGCAGUGGGGGAGAUGAAUGGCUUGGUGAAGAGAUGGGGAGAGGUGGUGGGAGAACAGAGGAAGAGAGUGGAUGAGGUGGAAGGGAAGAUGCAGCAGCAGGUGCAGGGAGUGUCUGAAAAGGUGGUGGGGUUGGAAAGAGCGGUGGAGAGGAGUGGAGAGGAGUUGGCAGGGUUGCGGCAAGAGAGUGUAAAGGAGGCGGAGAGAGUAGAGAGGCUUGAGGAGAUGGUUGAGGAGGGGUUGGAGAAGGUGGAGAAGGAUGUAGGUGCGGCUGCUGCUGCUGCUGCUGAGGCUGGGACGAAAGCUGCUGCAGGUGAAGCAGCAGUGGCUGCUGCUGUGGAAGCAGCAAGAACAGAUGCGGCCGCGCGGAUCGACCUUUUAGAGGCCGAGAUUCGUACGAAGAUCAACGGUGUGGAGAGAGAGGUUGAUGCCGUGCGUGAGAAGAUCAACGGUGUGGAUGAGAAGGUGGAGAGCUUGGGAGAGGAGAUGGUGCAGGUGCAGCUGAAAGUGGAUGGGACGGAAGAGGGGGUGCAUGCUCUAGAGCUUCAAGCGGGGAGUCUAGCUGAUCACGUGAAGGCAGUAGAGGAAGAGGUGAAUCUAGAGAAGCGGAGAGGGGAGGAGAAAGCAGCGGAAGACGCGUUGAGACGGUGGACAGAGGAGGAGAGCGCGAGAGAAACCGCGGCAGAUGUGGAGAGUAUCAAAGCCCGGGUGGAGGAGAUGGAGAGGUUGCAGCAGAGCCUGGUGCAGGCUCAUGAGAAGGCGGUGCAGGAACUGGUAUCAGGGCAGGCGCGGCUGGUGAAGGGGCAAGAUGAAAUCUCACAGGAGGUGCAGCGGCAGGAGGAGGAGCGGUUAGCUGCUUCCCAAACGAUGCUUGCGCGGUUGCAGGCGGACGUGCGGGCGCUGGUGGGGAAGCUGGAGGGGGUGGUGAGGGAGGAGCAGAGGAAGAUGCGGGGGGAAGUGGCGGCGGGCGUGGGGAAGAUGGAGGGGGAGAUGAAGCGCGUGGAGGGGAAAGUGCAAGGCGUGGAAGAACGGGUUGGGACAGCGCUCGAGCAAUGCCAGCGGCUGCAGGGCACGAGCAGGGAUCACAAGGAGGACCUGGCGCGCAUAGAGGGCGACCUGCACACGCUCUCCCUCUCGCACUCGCAGCUGCUUGCUAAUCUCCAAGCCAAGCAGUCCAAGCAAGGUCCUGGGCUCAUUAGGUGGCAUCAGCCGCGCCCAUCCAAGUCAGAAGAAGACCCGUCUCCCUCGGAGAGCCCCACCAAUCCUCUGGCCCGCAGAGCCUCGCUGCGGCCGCCCUCCGCCUCCCCGUCCCCGGAGCUCCGUGGGUCGUCCAUGUCGUCGGAUAGGAGUGACACCACUGGCGGCGCCAUUGUGCUGGGCCUCAAGUCCCCAACUGGGGCUGAUUAG